GAAUCCCGAAAUGGCUAAUGCCUAUGAGGUGCCUAAAUAUUUCCAGGUUGAUCUUUUUGAAACCUUGUCCGAAAAACGACCACCACACAGAUGGAUGAUUAUCGGACCUGAAAGGUCAGGGGCGUCGUGGCAUGUUGAUCCUUCUGGUACUUCAGGUAUGAAUUAUUCUCAACAGUUGUUCCAAAUUCUAUUAAAUGAGUCGUUUAAUAUAAUUCGAAUAUCUUUUAGCGUGGAACACACUUCUUACUGGAAGAAAACGAUGGGCUUUAUAUCCACCACAUGUUUUUCCACCGGGUACAUAUUUGCAAUUUUCUUUCCAGAUAAGCGAUGUUUUAAACGAAGUUAUACGGAAACAAAAUUGUAUAAAGAUUACCUUGUAUGGCGUAAGGAAAUUUUCGGGAAAAUCGAAGCUCAACUCAAAAUGAUGUUAGAUGAACAGGAUUGA